AUGGACUACGCUGCUCGAGGUGACGGCGGCUACCCCGAGGCUGAGUCUUCGGCACAAAGUCUAAGCAUAGGUCCGGCGAGUCCAAAUUCAACCGCCGUCGACAGCUUCAAGCCCUACUACUCCAAGCGGCCUCACCGCAAGUCGAGGACGGGCUGCCGCAACUGCAAGCGGCGCAAGGUCAAAUGCGAUGAAGCCCGGCCCUUGUGUCGCCCGUGUUCCUUCCGGGGUGACACGUGCGAGUACCCCCCACUGCCCGUCUCUCAUUCCUCUGGCUUUGGCUUUGGCUCUGGCUCUGGCUCUGGCUCUGGCUCUGGCUCUGGCUCUGGCUCUUCCGCUUCCAGCUCCGUAUCCCCCCAUCCGCUGUUCAUACCCGCGGGACGCGAGGCUGUCGACAUGCGGCUGCUGUGGUUCUACUCGACCGCAACCUUCAAGUCGCUCUCGUCCAACUCGGGACGCGAACCCACGGUCGACCACGCCCUGCGCGUCAAGCUGAUCGAGCUCGCCUUCUCCAACGACUUCCUCAUGAACUGCUUGCUGGGCCUCGCCUCCAUGCACAUGCAACACGUCGGCCACGCCGGGUCCGGCUCCCGCUCCGGCGCCCUCGACGUCCCGCGCUCCACCGCCCUGCUCUACCGCGGCCAGGCCUUCGAGGGCUACCGCCGCGCCGUCGAGGACGCCGAGCCGUCGACCUUCCCCGCCCUCGUCGCCGGCUCGCUCGUGCUGUGCGGCCUGUCGUCGUACGGCUUCCGCGGCGAAGACGCCACGCCCCUGUACAUCCUCGACUGGCUAGUCCUGUGGCGUGGCGUCGGCGUCAUAGUUAACCUGACGCGCAUGCGCUCAAAGAACCCCACGGGGCUCGAGGUCCUCUUCUUCCGGCCCAAAAUCGACUACGACGCCGCCACCCGCCACAUCCCAAACUACCUGCUCUUUAUGCUGUCGACCAUCAAGCAGGGCGACGAUAGCGGCGACCCCGAUUCUGGUGCCGUCGCCACCUACUACCACGCCCUCAAGCUGCUCGGCUCGCUGUACGCCGAGCUGCUCAACGGCUUCAACCCCAUCCUCGAGCUGCGCAUCGUCACGCUCCUCUCGCGGCUGACGCCCGACUUCAUCGCCGCGGCGCGCGCCCGCCGCCCGCGCGCCCUCGUCAUCAUCGCGCACUUCCUCGUCUUCCUCAAGCUCGUCGACAACAUCUGGUGGAUGCAGGACAUAUCCGACCCGGAGAUCCGCGCCAUCGCGGCCGUCGUCGGCCCGGAUUGGGAGCCCAUGCUGCGCAUCCCGCUGGCGGCCGUCGACCUCGCCGACCACGCGGCCAUCGCCCGCGCGCUGCUCGAGGACCCCGCCUGGCGCGCCCCCGACUGGGACGCCUGCAGUAAGGACAAACACCUGUAUAUCCAGUCUCGCGCCUGGCCCGAUGAUACGGGCAUGCUGCUCGUCUACGACCCCGUUACGGGCAGGUUCAACUAUCGCUUUCCGCCGGAACAGGCCCAUCCCGGCAAGGGCCUGCCUGAGGAUUGA